AAUAGCCCCGCGAUAAACUUAAAAAAUGAGGGGUCACUCGGGGACCCGGCUCAUAAAAACCGGUUUCCUGCUUUGGUUUCAAAUUUUUUGCGCUUUACUUUUGGCACCCGAAGACGGUUGGUUACCUAUCGUCAGAGCUGCAACGCACGGAGGCGGAAUGCUGGGCGAUGUGAAUAUAUCAGCCAUUCUGGAUUCAGUAAGCGCAAGUUACGAUAAACGAGUCAGGCCAAAUUACGGAGGGCCUCCCGUGGAAGUCGGUGUUACAAUGUACGUUCUCAGUAUCAGUUCCGUCUCCGAAGUAUUAAUGGACUUUACGUUAGAUUUUUAUUUUCGUCAAUUUUGGACCGAUCCUCGACUAGCAUUCAAAAAGCAACCCGGCGUCGAAACCCUAUCAGUGGGUUCGGAAUUCAUAAAAAAUAUUUGGGUACCAGACACGUUUUUUGUAAAUGAAAAGACUUCGUAUUUUCAUACAGUUACCACAAACAACGAAUUCAUAAGGAUACACCACACAGGAAGCAUAACGCGAUCUAUGAGGUUAACUAUCACAGCCUCGUGUCCAAUGAAUUUAGAGUAUUUUCCAAUGGACAGGCAGUUAUGUCAUAUCGAAAUCGAAAGUUUUGGAUAUACGAUGAGGGAUAUUCGUUAUAAAUGGAACGAAGGGCCAAAUUCUGUUGGUGUCUCAAAUGAAGUAUCUCUUCCACAGUUUAAAGUACUCGGUCAUCGACAGAGAGCUAUGGAAAUUAGCUUAACCACAGGCAAUUAUUCGCGACUAGCGUGCGAAAUACAAUUCGUCAGAUCGAUGGGAUAUUACCUCAUUCAAAUUUAUAUUCCAUCCGGUUUAAUUGUGAUCAUUUCGUGGGUUAGUUUUUGGCUCAAUCGAAACGCAACGCCAGCCAGGGUAUCGCUAGGUGUAACCACUGUGCUGACGAUGACAACUUUGAUGUCUUCAACCAACGCAGCUCUACCAAAGAUAUCGUACGUGAAAUCGAUAGACGUGUAUCUGGGUACCUGUUUCGUGAUGGUUUUCGCGUCGUUAUUAGAAUACGCUACCGUAGGAUAUAUGGCCAAACGACUGCAAAUGCGAAAAUCGCGAAUAAUGGCUAUGCAAAAAUUAGCCCAGGAAAAGAAGUCAACGCUGGAGGGUCACGCUCAUCCCAGAGGUAGUCAUGCACAUGCUCAUGCUCACGGUCAUUCGACACUGCCUGGACCACCAGUGGAUCCUGAUCAUAUGCCUAAGCAAACAGAGGUUCGGUAUAAAGUUCAUGAUCCAAAAGCUCAUUUCAAAGGCGGCACGUUAGAAAAUACGAUAAACGGUCGAACGGACGAAGAAGCAAUUACGCCAGUCUUGACGCAUCCGCUGCAUCCGGGCAAAGACCUGAGCAAAAUGUACGGCGUCACGCCCAGCGAUAUCGAUAAAUAUUCCAGAAUCGUAUUCCCCGUUUGUUUUAUAUGUUUUAAUUUAAUGUACUGGAUAAUUUAUUUGCAUAUAAGCGACGUAGUUGCAGACGAUCUAGUUUUGCUACAAGAAGACAAAUAGUGCGAGAAGAAAAUCCGCGUGCUAAUUGUUAUCUACUCGUAUGAUGUAUCGAUGAUACGCUCGUAUAUCGUGUGUAGGCUGUACGACCAACGAUGAAGGUGGAUGAGAAUACGUACAACUUUUUUCUAAUUUUUUUUUUACAUUUUUUGUCUGGUUGGAAAAAAAAAGCUACCGUAGGUAAUCCACCGUCGUCGUCGUGUCGCGUCAACUUUUCGCAAUGACCUCAAUGAUGAUAACAAUGAUAACAAUAACAAUAACAAUAUGAUAAAAACUGUCGGUCGUCGUCGCUUCAACUACCUACAUUAUUAUACUAACGUGAUAUUGGUGAUGUACUCGAUAGGUAGGUCUACCUGUAGCGAAUGCCUAUUCCUUUUCUGCCUGCUAAUUCUCGAAAGUUGUAAGUUCAUAAUUUUUUGCACCGCCUUCGUACCCUACACAUCAAAAAAGAAAUGAUUUUCGCCUUUCAAAAAUACCCAUUUUUGUUCCAAAAUUGCCGAACAAGUCAAAAAGGAUUAAUUUUGUGGGAGGGGGGGGGGGAAUGUCAAAAGCCUCAACUUUUGGCUAAACAGUCAACAAGUGUUCAUUUUUGGCACAAAUUGCAAAAAGUGUCCAUUUAUGUGAAGAUUGUCAAAAGACGUUCAUUUUAGAUAAAAUUGGUACAUGAAAAGGUGAAAUAGAUUUCCCAAAAAAGCUUGUUUUGGCUUAAAUUGUCGAAAAGUUCUCAUUUUGUUUCAACGUUUGCCGAACAAGAGUCCUGUUUUUUUACAAAAUUUCUCGAAUUUUAUUCCCCCUUCCUCCGAAUCUCUUCAUUUUUUUUUCGGUUUUAUGGCAAUUAUUUGCUAUUUUUGAAGAUUUUUAAGCUUUUUGAAAAUUGAACUUUUGAAAAAAAAACUCAACUUCGAACUUAUAAACAGAUUAUUUCAGGCAUUCCCUCCCUCGUCAACUAAAAUUUAGUGAUCAAUUUUACACGAAUAUAACUCGCUUUAUACUGAACAUCUUGAGGAGGAAAAAAUGCGUCGAAGCAUGAAAUACUAGAACACUCCAACACAAACACACACGCACACACAUUACGUACACGAACAGAUGCCAAUUCUGUUGAAUAAAAUUUGAACAGUCAAUAUUGACAAAAUAGAAGAUUCGAUAUCAUAAUUUUCAUUAUUACAUCCGAUCUCACUCACUCCUCUUAUUUACCCCUACAUUCGCUUUAUCAAGCACAAGGUAUCUUGAAAUCCGUUCUAAUUUUUUGUCGAUUUAAAUUUAUUUUCACUUGAAAACUGACUUCAACCACCAACCACUUUUAGGCAUAAAUAUGGUUAGACUUGCCUUUGUAGUAUUACUCUACGGCACCAAUAUAAACACAUACUUAAUAUACGUACAUCACAUAUUAUGGAUUUUUACCCAAAUAACGGAAUUUAUAGUGAGAGAACAGUAUUUAAGUUUAGUGAACAAAAAUACCUACUCGUUGAUUAUUAUUCAAUUUUCCGAGGAAAGCUGCGAAUAUGUAAAUGCCUACCUAUCAGAACAUACCAAUUUUUUUCUGUUUUUUUAAAUCAAACGCGAGUUAGAAAAGAAUAUACUUUGUAUAUUUUGGUACGAUAAUACCAAAAUUGAAUAUUAAUUAUACAUAUACGAUUGGCCUAAAAUUUUUACGAUAUCGUUUAAAUGAUAUCUUAAUUUUUAAGUAUCCUAUAUACCUAAUUUUUGUUUUAUCGUAUUUUUUCCCCUUUCAAAAAUAUCUAUCUUCUGCAAAUAAGAGAAAGAAAAAAGAACAGACCCCCCCCCCCUUCCUCCCCCCCCUGAAAAUGUAAAUUACUUACGCACAAAAUCAUGUCUUCGAUAUAAAAAUGGCGACUAUUAUCUACCUAUAUAAUGUAAAGAUAUAAUUUUUUUUGUU